GUAUGUUCACUUGGUUUCUAAAAACUUUAAUAUCGGGUGACAUUAGUAAAUGCAAUUUUUGUUCGUACGAUUAUACGCUAGUGAAGGUAGUCUAGCAGGUCUUUUGGCCGCUGUAGCGUUUAACUUGUCUUGGUCUGUUCGGAUCAAUUUAGCUUUGGAUAUUGCCUGUAGCCUUCACCAUCUGCACAGUCACAGUCUAAUUCAUCGAGAUUUAACCUCUCAGAAUAUCCUUAUCCGAGUUCACGCUCGAUCGCACCCAGAUACAACAGACAAUUAUUCUGAUUCAACAUUUAACUUUGACUAUCAGACAGUUUGUAAUGGCACUCUCCAAGAUCGACUUACUCAAUCCAAGUUAUCUGGAUCCGAAAGCGAUGCAUUUGUUCAAGGAAGCAAGCAUACCAAUGGCUUAUCACAUAAAUCUUGUCAUUCUCAUAAUCUUUGUAGACGUCACAGCAGUCGUGUCAACCGACAGCAAUCUCACCAGUUUAGCAGAAUACCCUCAAAUGAUGAAACCAAUGAAUUUUUACCAGUCAGCUCUUAUUCAAACGAAGAAUAUCCCACAGAUAUAGAUAACUCUGAUUUGAAUUUAGCUCAUCUACUUUCAUUUGCAAACCAACAUACUGACGAAUUGUCGUGUUCAAGCAAAUCAAUUACCCCCUUCAGCUAUCUGCAGUCUAUUCCACUUAUUGAACCACAAUGGAAGCAAUUAAUUACUAAUGAUCUACUUGUACUAAAUUGUCUAACUCGAUCAGAAAUUUUAAUAUCAUCAAGCAGUUCACUGGAAUUUACUGCACUUGUGGCCGAUUAG